AUGUCACCACAUUGUGACGAGUCAACUUAUACGAGAUACACACCAGAAAAGCUUGCUGGGUACAGUGUCGUGUCAUUAUUGGUAUUUGUGCUAACGCUGUUCGCCACCACUGUGUCUACUUGCGGUCCGUUAGUCAACUCCAAUAGCGGGCUAUCGACAAAAGCAAAUACUGAGCAUGUUUGGAAGGAAAUUUCUUCUAAAUUAAAUUGUUACGGACCGCCAACUCGUACAUCCGUAGAAUGGCAGAGGGUAUGGAUACAUUUUAAAGCCAAGUUAAAAAAGAAAAUGCCACAUAAUAGGAGGAAUAUAUCCAUCACCGGCGGCGGACCAUCUGAUGAAAUAAGUUUGUCCGCGCUGAAGCAGGCCGCAGCGGACUUUAUGCAAAUGGCCAUUUCGGUCGAUCCGCCAGGUCCCACAUUCGGAGCGAUUUUACCCCAACAGCCUCAGGACACUGAAAAUAUUGCCUACAUUGAGGAAAUUAAUACAAUUUUAGAGGUAGAGACUGAGCAACCACAGCAAGAAACGGUGACGCCUCUUGUAGCAGUACAACUACCCAGGAGAAAGAGGGCGCAAGAUAUCAGAUUAGACCUCCUCCAGCAACAAACAGGAACCCAGGGUGAGGUUGUUAAUAAGUUGGACAAAAUUGAAAGAAAGCUGUCCAGAAGAAAUGAUCUCUUAAAAGAUAUACGGGAU